GUGCAGUCAAAUACGUGGCCGGCCCUGUAUCGAACAAUUUUGUAGUCUCACAUAUUUUAAAAUAUUAAUGUCGUUGUACCUAAAUAAUUUUUAUACAGUAUAGAAGGUAAAGCUAAAAUGGGGCUGUGCAAAUGUCCGAAACGACGAGUAACGAAUCAAUUCUGCUUCGAACAUAGAGUUUGUGUUUGCGAAAAUUGUAUGGUAACUAAUCACACAAUUUGCAUAGUUCAAUCUUAUCUUCAAUGGUUACAAGAUAGUGAUUAUAAUUCAAUAUGCGAAUUGUGUAGUAAAGAAUUAAGUAGUCAAGACUGUAUCCGAUUAACCUGCUAUCAUGUGUUUCAUUGGUCAUGUUUGGAUCACUUUUCACGACAGCUACCUCCUACUACUGCACCCAGAGGAUAUACAUGCCCAUCCUGUAAAAGCCCAUUGUUUCCACCAUCUAAUUUAAUAAGUCCUGUAGCAGAUGUGCUAAAAGAAAAACUGGCUGGAGUUAACUGGGCUAGAGCUGGCCUCGGACUGCCUUUAUUGUCUGAAGAACGUGAAAUAAAAAGCUCAAUAAACCAUAUGAACAUGCCUCCUAGGAUAACUCCAAGCCCUGCCCAUUCAGUGGUCUCAGUGGAUGAAGAUAUUGGUGCUUUCAACAGAGCAGAUAGUUUUCAGCAUUCUUCAAAUAGGCGGAUAUUUCAGGACAUUAGAGAUAUCAAACCUGAUGUUUUUGACCAUGAUGAUAAUAAAUAUAAAAGAAAACCUAUUUCUGAAUUAUUUGGAAAUUGGUUCAAGAUAACAUUCGGAGCACCGCUGCGAUCUAGAGGAAGAAAAUCAGUUUGUCGACGAUUUUGCAUGCUAGGAUCACUUGUUUUAUUUGUUAUUGUAAUGUUUUUCUUUGUAAUGUCUAAACUCAGCAGAUAUUCCAUAGAUGAUGAUCCUAAUUUUGACGUGAGGCAUAAUGAAUUAGUAAAAACUGCAAACUAGUGAAUAACAUUACUAAACAUUUGAAAAAGCUAAAGAUAAUAAUGAAGAUGAUGUAUUUACUAAUUUUUAAGUUAAAAUAGAUCGAUUAUGUAAGCCAUAUAAUUUGUAUAUAUUUGAAUAAUAAUAAUAAUAUAUUUCAUUUAGAUUU